GACAUAAUUUAUUGCCUGUUUGCAGCAGAGAAAGUCUCACUGUGUGAUCAAUAAUCUGAUAUGUGACCUCUAGCUGCAGCCGAGGAGACUGCUGCUCCAGAGAACACGACCCGAGGUAGAGAAACCUGCAUUUUGUUGCAUCGCAGAACCACAAAUAAUCUGAUUUAACACUUUGAAUCACUAAUAUAUUCUGUGGCACUUUAUAAACACCGUUCUGUUUAUACCAUUAAUAUCUCAUUAAAAAGCUUGAUUCUCACUGUGUGGAAUCACUAGGACCAGCAGGCUUGAUUUUAAGGUUGUUUUCCUAACAAAUACAUAGAAAUGUACUGAUUUGUUAUUUAUUAAAAUAUUAAAUCCAGCAACGUGGUGAAGAAAAAUCCUCAAAUUUAACAGAGUUAACCCUCUAUGGUACAGUAUUGCUCCAUUUUUGGCCUGUCAAAUUUCUACAAUGCAUGUUUUUGAGUAAUGCGAUACUUUAAAAAAAGAGUAUAGGGAACCAAUAGCAAUGCUUUAAUUUGUCACAUGACCCCCAGGAGGCCAUAUUGAAACCCUAUUUUGCAGACCUUUGCCAUUUUGCGCCACAAAAAAAUCACUCAAAACGUCAUUUCCUGGUCCUUUUCUAUCUGGAAAAAAUAUAUUUACUACUGAUAGGAGAGUAAACCUUCAUUUUUGAUAGUUUCAUACAUUUUUUAACAAUGACACAUUUGACAAAUUACAUCACUGUAAUCAAAUAUAAUUUAAAGCAAUUCUGAUGGAAAAUAUUCUGUUAAGGAGUCCACAGAUCAGUGCAUCGUUCCAUAGAUGUUUGUGAUCAUUGUUGCAGACCAAUAAGCGAAACAAGUGUGUUCCAUUUAGCUUUAUUAGUUUUCUGGAAGACUCUAAUAACAUUUGGUUUCACAGACUUAAAGAUACUUAAGUUGACUUUGUUCUUUAACUCAGAUUGUUUGAUCUGAUGUUUUUCUCAUGAUGGUUUUCUCUGAGUUUAAUUUGAAGAAGUUACUGAAGUUGUGAGCAUUGAUUUAAUGUCAGUUAUAAAGUGUGAAGAGUUCUAUAACUGAUACAGUCAGUGAUCACAUUAACUGAAUAUUUUCCGUCAUUUAUAGACUUUUUUUUAACAAUGACACAUUUGACAAAUUACAUCACUGUAAUCAAAUAUAAUUUAAAGCAAUUCUGAUGGAAAGUAUUCUGUUAAGGAGUCCACAGAUCAGUGCAUCGUUCCAUAGAUGUUUGUGAUCAUUGAUGCAGACCAAUAGGCAAAACAAGUGUCUUAUGGCAGUUUGGGGUUUUAUUGCAGAGUUUUGCAGGUUGUGUGUGUGUUAAUGCAUGCACGUGAGGAUGCAUGCACGUUCUCGGUUGCAGGUAUUGCAAAUUUAUGUUAUCAAAAGUGUAUUUCAGACCAUUUAGUUUUCUGCAUGCAGUGUGUGAUGAUGCUUCCUGGGCUGAUUUGUGCCGACGAACGCCGUGAUUGGUUGAUGUUUGAGAGCGAUAUGCACGCUGCGGUUAAAGCUCCGCCUUCAAUCCAAACCUCAGAGCGGCCCGUCAGAGGAUCCCGGCUGCGCUCCGCCCUGAGGGACGAGCUGAGGAUGAUCCAUGAGAAGAUGGAGGCCAAGAGGAUCGCUCGCAUCGCUCUGGCCGAGAUCAGGGCCUUCCUCGCCGAGGAAGAGGAGGAGAAGGAGAAGGCCUGGGUGCUGAAGAUGAAGACGCUGGAGGCUGCGCAGGAGCAGCUGAGGGAGGAGCGGAGGAGGGAGGCAGAGAGGGCGGAGAAGGAGAGGAGGGAGAGGGAAGCAAAGGAGGAGGCCGAGAAGGAGAGGCUGGAGAAAGAGAGACAAGAGAUGGAGAGAUUGGCCAAAGAAAAGGCGGCCAAAGAGGAGAGGGAAAGAUUGGAGCAAGAGAGGGCGGAGAAGGAAAAGAUGGAGAGAGAGCGUCUGGCCCGGGAACGAGAGAGGGCAGAGAGGGAGCAGCAGGAAAGAGAGAGGGCUGAGAAGGAGAGGAUGGAGAGGGAGAAGGCAGAGAAAGAGCAGUUAGAGAGGGAGAGACUGGAGAAAGAGAGAAUUGCCAAAGAUAAAGAGGAAAAAGAAAGAGUGGAGAGGGAACGAAUCGCCAAAGAAAGAGCCGAAAAAGAACGGCUGGAGAAAGAACGAAUUGCUAAAGAAAGAGCUGAAAAAGAACGACUGGAGAGGGAACGAAUCGCCAAAGAAAGAGCCGAAAAAGAACGACUGGAGAGGGAACGAAUCGCCAAGGAAAGAGCCGAAAAAGAACGACUGGAGAGGGAACGAAUCGCCAAAGAAAGAGCCGAAAAAGAACGAGCAGAGAGGGAACGAAUCGCCAAAGAAAGAGCCGAAAAAGAACGUCUGGAGAGGGAACGAAUCGCCAAAGAAAGAGCCGAAAAAGAACGAGCAGAGAGGGAACGAAUAGCUAAAGAAAGAGCUGAAAAAGAACGAGCGGAGAGGGAACGAAUCGCUAAAGAAAGAGCUGAAAAAGAACGAGCGGAGAGGGAACGAAUCGCUAAAGAAAGAGCUGAAAAAGAACGACUGGAGAGGGAACGAAUCGCUAAAGAAAGAGCUGAAAAAGAACGAGUGGAGAGGGAACAAAUCGCUAAAGAAAGAGAACGAAUUGCCAGAGAGAAGGAGCGACAAGAACGGGAAAGAAUCGCCAAAGAAAGAGCAGAAAAAGAGAAGCUAGAGAGGGAACGUAUUGCCAAGGAAAACGAGAGAAUUGCGAGGGAAAAGGAGAGGAUGGAACGAGAGAGGGCCGAAAAGGAAAGAAUAGAGAGAGAACGAGUCGCUAGGGAAAAAGAGAGAAUCGCCAAAGAAAAGGAAAGAGUUGCCAGAGAGAAGGAAAGGAUUGAGAGGGAAAGGGCAAGAAUAGCUCAGGAGAAGGAGAGAGCGGCGAGAGAAGAGAAGGAGAGGAUAGAGAGAGCAGCGAAGGAAAGGGAGAGAAUGGAACAGGCGAGACAGGAGAGAGAGCGAGCGGUGAGGGAGAAGUUGGCCCGCGAGAGGGCUGACAAGGAGCUGAUGGAGAGGCAGAGGCUGGCCAGAGAGAAGAAGCAAGAGGUCGCCAUCGAGAGAAAACCAAACGCCUCCCAGCCCAAAGCUCCGGCCGCCGAGGAGAGGAGCGAGAGAGCGAGCGUGGCGGCCGUCAGGAGGGAGAAGAGCGUGGCGGAGGGGAAGAAGAAGUGACGCCACGGGGCUGAGUGACUCUUAAUGGUGCUAGAAGAGGAUUAAAGGAGGUUUUGAGGAGUUUUUCACCAGAUGUGAAAUAUAUAUAUAUAUAUAUAUAUAUAUAUAUGUAUAUUUCACAUCUGGAAUCUUGAAAUAAAGUGCAGUACUUGAUGAAAUUGAGCUGACUGGUGAAUCCAGCUGCCAUUAGUGGUGAUUGUUGAUAUUCUGCUGGUGCAGUGGUUUUAUUUCUCCUCAGAAUUGAAUAUUUUCUAGUUUUGGGUGUUCAAAUGUUUUAAAGAAAUCCUGAAAUGUCGUGUGCAGAUAAAAUGGGAGUUAAAACAGUGUAGUGUUCUAUCCGUCCCACUGUUGGGAGCGUCUUGCUUCAGUGUGCAUGUUGGGUUAUUUAGAAAAUGUUUGUUAUUGUGAGUUUUAUUUUGUUGAAAAAAGCGAGUAAAUGUGAGGAGAAGAAGAGUCGUCUUAUCUCAUGAUGCCAGCGUCAUGCCGUCCGUGUGAUGGAUCCUUUUUCUGUCCUGUGGAGGAAAAAAUACAGAUAUCAGGGUUACCGCUAUAUUAAUUUAGUAGCAGCGGCCCACCAUGUUAGACCUGCCUUCAAAAUAAAAGCAAACACAUGUACCUUUCAAAAUAAAAGCACAUGGAUGUGUUAACAGAGUCCACUAAAUCAUUUUCAAGAAGACUGUUAAAAUAUGAUGCCCUAAAUAAAACGGAAGAACCCUUUUUCUCCGAUACAAUAUUUCAUUAAAAUAUGCAAUGAUCAGGAAGGAAUAGUGGCAUUAGAAUGUGCGAGAGGCACCAAAUUUACCCUUUUAUGGCAAAAACAUUCUCCGGGGGAGCAUGCCCCCAGACCCCAAUCAUAGUCUCAUAAAAUCCUGUGGGAAACACUGGUUCUAAAGCUUGUUUUGCAGUCGAGUGUCAUUUUUUAUACUUUUUAAAUAGCUGAUUGAUAUUUACAUGUGCAGAUCAUCCAGGGGACAGAAAACCCUUUACCCCCGCUGCUGAAAAAAAAUCCUACAGGAAACACUGUCUAGUUUGGGGUGUUUCAAAUGUUUGAAGAAUGGUGUGCAGAUCAAUCCGGGAGUGAAAAGCGUGUAGUAUUUAUUUCAAACUCUUGAGACUUCGUCCCACUGUUGGGAGCGUCUUGCUUCAGUUUGCAUGUUGGGUUAACUAGAAAACAUUUGCAGUUGUGAAUUUUAUUUUGGUGAAGAAAACGAGUCAAUCUGAGGAGUAGAGGAGUCGUCUUAUCUCAUGAUGCCAGCGUCAUGUCGUCCGUGUGAUGGAUCCUUCUUCUGUCUUGUGGAGGAAAAAAUACAGAUAUGGGGGUUUCCGCUAUAUUCAUUUAGCGGCAGCGGCCUGCCGUGUUGGACUCGCCUUCAAAAUAAAAGCAAACACAAGUAGCUUUCAAAAUAAGAGCACAUGGAUGUGUUAACAGAGUCCACCAAAUAAUUUACAAGACGACUGUUAAAAUAUGAUGCCUUAAACAAAAACAGAAGAACUUUAUUCUCCUUUACAAUAAUUCAUUAAAAAAUGCAAUGAUUAAGAUGGAAUAGUGGCAUUAGAAUGUGCGAGAGGCACCAAAUUUAGGCUUUCAUGGCAAAAACAUUCAGACCCCCAUCAUAGUCUUGUAAAAUCCUGUGGGAAACACUGGUUCUAAAGCUUGUUUUGCAGUCAAGCGUAAUUUUUUAUACUUUCUAAAUUGCUAAAUUCCAGGGGACAAAUAACCCUUUACCCCCGCUGCUGAAAAAACUCUAGAGGAAACACUGUAUAUAAUUAAUGAGCAUCCACUAUGUUCCCAUCAGGCUGUUACACUUGAGGAUAUCAUAUGAAGGAUAGCAGUGAAAGUGUCACAGAUUGGUGUUAAAACUUCACAGAUUUAUUUGAAUCUGUUCAUCAGUGUUGGAAAGGUUCAGUUUCAGAGCUGAACUUACAGAUACUUGAGUUGAAUUUGUUGUUUGUUUUCUGUCUUUUUGUUUGAUCUGAUGUUUGUCUCAUGAUGGUUUUCUAUGAGUUUAAUUUUAAGAAGUUACUGAAGUUGUGAGCAUUGAUUUAAUAAGUGUGAAGAGUUAUGUAACUGAUACAGUCAGUGGUCACAUUAACUGAACAUUUUCCGUCAUUUACAGACUUUUUUUUUUAACCAUGACGGAAAAAUCUGAAGGCUGUCCAAUUAACACAUUUGACAAAUUAAAUCAACUGUAAUUUAAAUCAUUUCCAGCCCUGCCCAGCUGGUGGCCUGUGCACAAUAAUUAUCUUCUGUAUCUUUACUGGAUAUUUUCAUGUUCAUGUGUGAAUAUUCUUACAAAUUAAAAGUCUGUUGCUCAUUGAAACUUGCAUUAUAAUCCUGUUGUAUUCUCAUUAUAUCAGCGGCAUAAAGUGGUCUUAAAAUGACAAUUAUAUUAUCUAUUACAAUACUUUCUGGGACAAUAUUUCUUCUUACAAAGAUAAAGUUAAAGUGACAUGUGUAUAGUAUUUAUAGAUUAUUGUUGUUUACUCAUGGAGAUGAAUCCUGCUCUGGUUUUUGUUGUUUACUUUAAAGUUAGAAGAAAAUCUCAUUAAAAAAAAUACAUAACAAAAACAAAAAAUGUGUCCUUCUUCUCAGCUUGUUUCUGAUUUUAUUGAACAACCUUUCUGCUCUGUUCUUUUAUUUAUUGAGGAAAUUUUAAUAUUUUUAACAUUUAUGUGUGAAUAUU